AUGGGCGGCGACUCGACCUUCGGGACAUCCUACUCUCCCGAAUCCUUUCUAUGGGAGCAAUGGUCGUCGUUAAACCAGCUAGUCCCGUUUGAUUUAUCAGAAGACAAGAGAAGCACGUCAAACAGCGUUUAUACGCAGACUGGUCCUCUGAUCGAUGACUCCCUACACGGCUACAACACUGAUUUGACACGCCAUUGGCAGUAUACCAGCCAUGACAUGAACUAUACGAAUCCGUGGAACGGCCUCAACCCUGUUGUAGAGGAUAUACCCCUGUUUCCGGUUUCUGAGGAUGGAAUUUCUGAGGCAUCACUCGGCCAGGGCCAUCGACACUCAUCCUCGAUACAAAAGACACCAGAUCGAAAAACAAAUUGCUACUCUGACGACCUGACGUCUCGCAAAUCCACUGAACGAACUCCCCUGGGUGAUCGAGAUAUCAAUCCACAGAUAAAGAAGAAGGGAAAAUAUUCACCUGUUCGCCGCACGAGCAAUACCAGCAGCAACGGCGCUCAUGCGGCACAACAGGGUAACGAUCGCAUAAAAAGAAUCCAGAAACGAAACAGAAUUGCAGCCAGCAAGUUCCGUGUCAAGCAAAGGGAAGAACAGCAGGAACUUGAGUCUAGCAAGCAGGACCUGGAGCGUAUCCACCGUGGUCUUUCCACCUGCGUGGCCGACCUGAUAUUUGAGGUAACUACCUCGUUUAUGAGUCCGAUCGAUACAUACAAGCAUUAGAAGGGAAGUCACAGCGAGAGGCCUCACAUCGGCAAUUGUAGCAUCUGAUGCAACCCGAGCAAGGAUAGUAAUGGGAGUAAAACGGCGCCAGAAUGGCAAAAAUGAUGGAAUACCAUUGUGGAAAACCAUUGAGGUAGAUGUUUUAUCUCAAAGCACGUGUCACAGUGAUAUUGUUUGGGGAUUGGGGAACGGGGAUCUGAUUGGCCUAUUGGCUACUUACUUAUCCCUAGGUAUGUACCACGGAGAGCUUGUCUCGAUCAUAUUUUGCAGGGUCUCUACCUUUGCUACCGUAAUAUGCGAUGGGUAUUGCAUUAAACUAGUGUGUGACGAGGACGGGCUUCGAGGGUUACACCAAUGCGGCUGGGAUCUUAGGUUCACGGCAUCUCGGAGAAGGGCUUGGGUAGUAUCGUACAAGCUGCAAGCAGGGCGGGUUAUUUCUCGAUGG